CUUGAAGCUUAUUCUCCUCUGUAACGCUACAGUACGAAUGAAAUCUGGGAUGGUUAGGUCUCGGGCUUUGCGGGGAUUGAGAAGGAAUAAUGGCGUUUUAUCCCUUGAUCCAUAGUAGGCUAUCAUUGGAAGAUUGUUAUGUCCAAUGGGAAAUCCCGGCCGUCUAUUGGUUGUUGGUUGUAGUUGUUGGUUGAAAUAACCCCUGACUUUCAAUAAUAUACUCUCUUCCUUGCUUUGCACGAGCCUUCUAGUCACCGAAGAGGUAGUUCAGAUCUGUGAUACAUUGGGCAUGGUGACAAAACCUAAUGGGUUACUAGUUGAGCUGACAUAUUCGGAUAUAUGUUCGGAUAUGGGUACAUUGGCAUCCUUCAGGCCAUUUUUUGGCUCGUGGACAAGCAAGGGUUGAAAGCACCCGCCUACGUACAGCGCUGGCAGCAUAUUGCUUCUGUUCUGUAGAAUUGGUACCUAUUACCCCUAUCGCUCGUUCUAUUUCCCAUUUGUUUGCUUUGUUUUGUCGUUCCCAGGUAGAUUACGACGACUUGAAAGUUACAAUGGCGAGGCCGUCAUAUUUCUGGUUACAGCUUAUACUUUUUCAGUUCGCCUGUACUGCCUUUGCUGCCAUUAACAAUUGCUAUUAUCCGAAUCAACAAGAGGCUGAAGAUGAUUCCCCUUGCAACCCCGAUGCAGAUUCCAGUGCCUGUUGCGGUGGUGGUAUUGGUAACAUUUGUCUUUCCAACGGUCUAUGUCAAGGACCUAACGGAGCCGUGAUCCGGGGCUCUUGCUCGGAUAAGAACUGGGAUUCGGAGAACUGUGCAAACUACUGCUUGGGUGCAUCCCGAGGCGGUACUGACCUGAUCUCUUGCGCAAACGUCACUCAGGAUGACACGUCGUAUUGUUGUAAUGGCGCGGAAAAUUGCUGUGAUUCUGGAGACGGGCGGUUUUCUGUUGGACCGCAUAAUCCGACUACAUCAGCAACCUGGAAUGCGGCUUCAACCAAGUUCAUAGUGGUGGGGACAACUUCAACAACUUCUUCGACAAGAACAACUCCUUCAACAAGCACUACGUCAACGAAAGACCCAACGACGUCGUCAGCAUCUGAUUUAGCCACGCCUAAUGCUGCUAGCGGUGAUUUCACAAGCGGUGCUCCUACUAACACAGAUGUGGCUUCCCAACCAGAUAACACCUCUUCUGUCGGCACGGAAGCCUCUUCUCCGUCUGAUCUUAGCGAUGGCGCGAAGGCCGGGAUUGGUAUCGGUGCCGUAAUUGGGGUGAUACUCAUUGUGGGCUUGAUAUACGCCUUGUGGAGGCUACAGAAGAUGAAUAAGAUGUUAGCCAAGGAACAAGCCGGAAAUCAAUACGACCAAACCCCCGUAUAUUAUCCGACGUCCCAGAUCGCAACAGCUCCGAAUAGUGUCAACGUGGCGCCACCUGUACCUUCCAAAAGCGAAGGCCAGAUAUCGGAAUUGUACGGACACUACAGCCCUCUUCAUGAAUUACCCGCCGAAUCUACUUAACAUAUAUUUCUUGGAUAGUUCCUGUUGGGAAAAAGAGGGUGAUGGGUAAUCGAUUGACGAGAUAACAGAGUUGUAUAGGUAAUAAGCCGUCUCUUGUGCCCGACGGUAUAUUAACCCGGGAGUCCGGGACAUAGGAAAUGGUCGGAUGUUGUUGAAUAGUAAUCUGCCUCUCUUUUACUGGGCCUUGCCAUCAUAAUUGGGGCUGUCGAUAUUUUGCACCGUGGUGGCAUCAUCGGUGCCAAGCCGGAGUGGGUGGUGGGUUUUAGGAAGGCGACCACCGUUAUUGCUAAUGCUUGCGACUUUGCGUUGCAU